AGAUGCUCCCUUGCUUACCGUGACACGCGGAAAACCUGAUUUAUACGAUUUUCUUUUAUUUAUUUCCCCAUUUCACCAUCUUUCCCACCAACUUGAUUUCCACCGCUUUAUUUCCUUUCCAAUAUCAAAAUCAAAAUGAGUUUCUCCUCCACCGGCGCAUCGGUCCAGGUGGUCCGGGUUGAGAAGCUGGCGCCAGCAGCCCAAGCUGGAAGCUCUACUACUACUUCUAUCCAGAAGCCCCAGCCGCACAACAUGACGAUUUUCCAAGUCAAGGUCAACAUUGUCCGGAAGCAAGACGAAGCUGCACAACUACAGCAAGGCAAUCUUCAUGACGACGACGAACACAAGGCGUCGAAUGAGAUCAAGAAUUCCAUUUUACUCCUCGCCAAGGAGUACCCGAUGUGCAGCAAAGAGUGGUUCGCGAAAAUCGCUGCGCAUAUUUUUUCCACACCGGACGUAGUAGCUCCUUCUGCUGAAGGACCUACAGCGAUUUCAGCCGCUCCGCAGCAAGAAAUCAAAUCCGUGACCGUCACUAUCGAGGAGGAGCUGUGGGAGAGAGUGUACGACGACGUGCACGAGCAAUUUCACCACCAUGUGUGGCGUAUGCAUUGCAAACAUGUCUGGGUCUGGAAACUUGUGAUGCUGGGUAGCGUAUUAUGUAUGAGGAGGCCACAUCAAGUGCUGGCUUAGCAUGACACGUUUCUGAGCUUCUAGGCGUUGCCUAUUCUCCAUGACAAAGUGCGUUUCUGCAUGACAGAAAAAAAAUGGAACUCUUGGGUGCCGUGCAUGAGAGAUUUAAGAGUCAUGCCCGACAAGCAUGACAAACAUGCAUUCUUCCAGAGCCAGACUACAUAUUUGCAAUGCAUAUGGCGCUUGCGCUCCCCGGAGAAGAAGUGGUGCGUGUGCGACAUCCAGGACUGCACAAACGUGGCGAGAAAACAAAGUUUGAAGGGCGGGGUGAGGAAUCUGACAUUAUUGAAAACCGGCGAAAUGGGGUUGGGGCUGGGCGGUGCAGCGGGGGCGCAGGUGCUGGCAACCAGCAUCGACGCGGAGUGGCUGUUUCGGGAGGAAGGUACAGUUUCGGUUUGCUGCUCAACUACAACUUCCAACUAGUACUAAAUUUCGAACGAGGACGAGGUCCGGAAACGUCGCACAAUCUAGCAUGUUCGGAUUAAGGGUUUAGGAUUUAGGAUGAAGAAGAACUGCAACGUACAAGCAAAGUAAAGAUCAAGUAGAUCAGUGCUGACGGUUCAACAUAUUUCUAUUUGUCUUGCAUCAACCCCAUUUCUUCAGGUUCCACCGCCGCCCAAACAAUUGACUACGACACCUUCAACCAAAAAUUCAUCAAAACCCUCGUUACGGAAUUCGCCGGGCACCCGGAGCAGGGGGUGUUUGUUUCCUCCCUGCAGAAAACUUUCUCCGACAUGGCCGAAGCGGUGAUUACCCGCUUCGGCGCUAGUACUUCUACGGAGAUCAUGAUGAACAGCACGACAUCCGCAAGUCCACUGCCCUUAAACUGCAUUCAGAAGGUGAAGCUUUCCACCCACCCGGAGCAGCAGUACACGAUCACACCGGCGUUCUCCGCGUUGGCCGAUCAGGAUUUCACGAACGAGGAAGCAGAGUAUGACAGUGCACAACCCCCCCUCCCCCUGAUUUGUCAUGCAAAAACCCACAUCCAGGUGCAGUGCUACCUUGUGACACCGCGUGCAUGACAAAUUCCGGAAAUCCAAACAGUACGACACUCGGCCGCGCAUGAACGUGUCAUGCACAGGGUCCACUUGUAUUGGUGUUUGUAAAAAUGCUGUUGAUACCAUACAAAUGAGGGGGAGGGGGAGUUGUGCAUUCCAUUGUCAUACAGAGCAGUUUGCGAACGUGUUCACCGCCGUGAAAUCCGGGUCGACACAUGGGAGGACAAUUGAGGUAGAGCUGGAGGCGGGUGCGACGACGUUGAAAAGUCCGGGAGGUAGUACGACUGGCUCUCGUCCGGCCUCGAGCCGGUUGGAAAAGCAAAUCGGGCACUUACCAUCCCCCGUAAAACCAGACGCGAAGCCGAAACUCCAAGCAGAAAUUAGUGCAUCAGCAAGAGCAACAGCAACUCCUGCUGCACCUGCUGCAUCAAAUGCGGACAAAACAAUUGUGGAGGAAGAAAUUUCGGACCUCGUAGCCGCCGGCGCAACUGACACGCCGAAAGGACCACAGCCACCGCCAGCAGCUGGUGCAGCAGCAUUAAUCGAGCAGCCUCCACCGGCGAAGAAGCCGGAUCCUUUGCCGCUGAACUAUGGGACUCUCAAACGUUACAUUCUCAACUGUUACAUGAAUUUGCCAUGCAAAAUUGGCGCGAGCAUCUACCUGACCAAGCUGCUUCGCAUGACAAGUUCUCGACGCGCCAGAUAGUAUUCUUUCUAGUCUGCUCUAAACCUGUAAUGCAAAAGGCGCAACCUUUUCCCUUUCACUUUUGCCAUUUUUGCAUUACAAAUUUCAUGUAACAGUUGAGAAUGUAACGCUUGAGAACGCCAUAGGAACCCAGCGGCGCAGAAGGUCCGGAAUAAGUUGAAGGUGCUGAAAAUUCAGCAGGGCGGGACGGGUAUCAUGUAUUCGGAUAACAAAGAGGAUGUCAAACAAAUUGCGGCGAUCGGGAAUUAUACACCAAGCUCAUCCCCCACAAACCAGCCGAAGUCGGCGAAUUCUAUACCAGCCUCUCCAGCAGGAUCAGCACCACAACUCCCGCUCACCCUCGCCUCCGCAACCACAUCGCAGGGGCAGCAGCCAUGCUUCUUCGCGAAACUCGGCAUUGUCUCGAGAACAACCUACAUCGAGAAAAUCACCCCCUGCUACCCGAAAUGCCCCUGGCUGGUGGAAAAGUCCUGGCCGAAGUACGUGAAACAGGUGGAUUUUCUCUCCUAUCACGAGGAAAAAUCCCCCCUCCCCAUAUCGAAAACGAAAUUUGUGAUGCUGUAUUUGAGUACACAAAUCGACUUGUAAUGCUAGAAGGCCAAGAGACGCAGCUGUGGCCUCGUUUGCAGGCAAUUUGUCAUGCAGUUUCCCACUUCCAGCUGCCCCCUGUUAUGCUGAAGAUGCAAGGCUUUCCCACGCCAACCAGUACUACAGUCCGCAUCUUUUCCCUUCUAGCAUGAUAAAGCUGAUUUGUGACCACAAAUCUGCAUCACAAAUCUCUAGUUUGAGUAUGGGGUGGGGGGAUUUUUCACUUUGAUAUCUCCGCCAUGGACUUCUUACUCCAUCUCCGGUUUGUCAUGGAGCAAGAGCCGCAGGAGACGCAAUUGAAAUUACUCCGGGACUACGCAAAUUUUGUGGAAGAAGAACUGUUUCAAAAUCCGAAUCAACCAAUGACAAACGUCUCGGCGACGGACAAGCAGAAGUUUCUGGUUCUAAACGGAAAAUACGCGAACAAGUUUUUCUUCCCGUUUGUGUUAGCAAUUUCCGGGUUCAGCAUGGAGAAAAUUUUGGAGAUUUUGGGAAAAAGGUUGGAAAAUAGCUUCGACCAAGAGUUGCACGAGGGGAUGAGGCAGGUGCAUCGGAUUGCGGAAAUACAGAUACGGAAGGUGGUUUACUAGAAUUUUUUGCAGUUGCUUUUGCAACGUGAUGUUGCAUCCAUAAUUUUCACGUUAUGAUUUGUCAGCCUGCCUUGAUGGUUGUGGCUUCUUACACUAGUACGAUCUUCCGGCAAGAACUUUUUCUCUACCGCUGCAGUCUUUCGCUCUAUCAUGUGAAUUGAAAAAAGUUUCCAAGAAUCACGGUACGCUCCCAUUUUGCUUCAGAUUUUUUCGCAAAUACAUCUUUUGGAGUCAACAUUCCUAACUGUUUCUAGAAUGUCACGAAAGGGGAAACGCAUCACGAGCCUGUCGCUCUUACUUCAGAGUAGGGAAUUCGAAGAUGAAGAAUGAAUGCAGGCUGCGAUCAUGAUAUCUGUUUUUCCUGCCAGAUAGUCGGGCACAUAGAUACGUCUGUCCGAGUAAUUCCAAGUUCUUGCGAUCAAGAGCUAUUCAUA